AUGAGAACGUAUCUACGUGCAGCAAUGGUGUUUCUCGGAUACACAGAGGAUGCUGUCAAGUCACUGACUAAAGCAGUGGAUAUUCUGCAAAUUACUCAUGGAACCAAUACUCCUUUCAUGAAAGAUCUCCUGUUCAAGUUGGAGGAAGCACACGCCGAAGCUUCUUUUAAGCUUUCAUCUAAGGACGAGGAGAGAGAUAUACCUUACAGACACAAUUGA